GCGAGCUAUCUAGAUACGAAAGCUAUAAGACGACUUCUGGGGGACAAAGAAGUGGACCCGAACUUAAAGGACUGUCGCAAUUGCACACCCCUUCUUCUGGCCGCGGCUAUCGGAGUUGCGGAAGUCGUGAAAUUGUUCCUCGGAAGUGCCAAGGUGGAUGUGAACUUGACCGGCGGCCCAGAUAAUGAGGCUCCAUUAAAUCUAGCCGUGCGACAGGCUCCCGAGGAUGCGACAGCAUGCUUACUUACGCAUGAUCGAGUGAACGUGAACUCACGGGACCUCCAUAAUCGAACGCCUCUCCACCUAGCUGCGCAACGUGGAGUAUCAUUGCUCGUGGAACUUCUCCUCGAGUAG